GCCGGUAGCGAUGGCGACUGCCUCUCUUUGCCCGUCUGGCACCGCUGACGGGGAAAGAAGAGAAAAAAAAAAAAAGGGAUUAGAAAAUCAAUGAAGGCGAAGGGACUGUACUCCGGCGGGAUAGGAGGGAACGCGGUUGGGGGAGGAGGAGGAGGAGGAGGAGGAGGGAGCCGCGGGGGGAAAGGAGUAGGAGGAGGAGGGAGCCGCGGGGGGAAAGGAGGAGGAGGAGGAGGAGGAGGGAGCCACGGGGGGAAAGUAGGCGGAGGAGGAGGAGGAGGAGGGAAUGAAGAGUUUAGGUGGGAGGAGAAGAAAAGGGAGGGGGUUUGUCAGCUCGGGGGUCCUGGAAUUUGCCGAUAAGGAAGGGAUGUACACCUCUCCGGCAACAAAAAAAAGAAUACAUAUCUAUCGCUUCUGUAACGGAAUCUAGAGGGCGGGUAACGGAGAGCGAAUGACCAGCAGACAAGGAGGGUACCGUUAAGAGAGAGUGAGCAGCAGACGGAGGGUACCGUUAAGAGAGAAUGACCUGCAGACGGCGGAGGGUAACGGAGAGAGAAUGACCUGCAGACGGAGAGUAACGGAGAGAGAAUGACCUGCAGACGGCGGAGGGUAACGGAGAGAGAAUGACCUGCAGACGGAGGGUAACGGAGAGAGAAUGAGCAGCAGGCUGAGGGCAACGGAUUGACGAGUGAAUGGGAGACGGAGGGUAACGGAGAGAGAGAGAAUGCCCAGCAGAUAACGAAGGUGAUUGAUCCAUCGAGGGAGGAUAACGGCGAAAGAGCGCUGUACCAGAACGGCGGUGUCAAAAGAAAACUGAGAGGGAAGUACAGUGGAACGUCAUAUGACGGUGUAACGGAACUAGACGGAGCGCAACGGAGAGGAAACGACGAGGGAACGUGAUUGAUCGAUCCGUACGUCGAAGAGAGAGAGUGGAGAUAGGUCCAAUCAGCGGCUGGAGCUCAUUGGCUUGGAAUAUACCCUCCACCGUAUCUUCUUGCUCUAACGGAACUAAACGGAGCGCAACUGAGUUGUAACUGAGUUGUAACGGAGCGUAAGUGAGUUGUAAGUGAGUCGUAAGUGUGUAACGGAGAGUAACGGAGAGUAACUGACCGUAACGGAGUGAAAGAGAAGGGAACGUGGAAUUGAAGGAUUCCGUUUGGUGAGAAGGCGGUCGUUUUUAAAAAUGGCGGGAAAUAAGGAGGGAGGGAGCGGGAGCGGAUCCCGAUCUGCGAUGCAGGAUCUGCGGUCGUGGAUAGUUGAGCACAAGUUGCGAUCAGUCGGAACGUUUUGGGCUGUUGGUCUAGCAUCUUCAUUUGCGUACAAUUUCAGGAGACCGCACUUGCCUACGAGUGUGAAACUCAUCCACGCUCGGUGAGUCUGGAAAGCGAUUGCCCCCCUGUUCCCUACCGACUGUCCAAAAGCG